AUGAACGCGACUACGCUACCUCGAUCACUCGCUAGAAAUCUCUACCGCAGAGCAUUUCGCCCCAUCACACAAACGAACAAGGCGAUCAGAGCUCGAUCGCACCUCUCCCAACCCGUCGCACGAAGCUUUGCUACGACGACACACCACCUCAAGAUGUCCGACGCGGAUUACGCUGCCUUCCUGGACAAGGCGAACCAGGACCCCAACGAGGGUUACGCGAAGCCGGCUGCCACCAAGAAGGGCGAGUUCAAGGCGCAGGACGAGGGCGCGGAGGUACCGAAGGCGAUUCAGGAUGUAUUGAAAGAGGACAAGGUGUAUGUCUCUGAUGCGGACGAGCCGUUUGUAGGCGUUGCGCUGGCGUGGGAUGAGGACGGCAAGGGACUGCCUGAUGAAGUCGAGUUUGCGCAGCUUAUCCAGCACCCCGAUCCCGAGAACGCCGACGUCGAGCUCCAGGACCCCGUCGACUGGGACGCGAAUGGCGACUACAAGGACAUCAUCGAGGCGGUGCGCAAGGCGGGCAAGGGCAACGACGUGAGGGUUUAUGUGGUGCCCAAGGGCGGAGUGAGGACGGAGUACUGGCUUGUCACAACGGAGGGCAAGGGUAAGGAAGCGAAGCUUGUUGGUGUGAAGGCUCUGUCUGUUGAGAGCUAG